UGUGGAAACCGAUCCGCCACAGCGCACAGUCUAAAAACUGACUCUUUACCGUACAGUCAAACCGGAGAGAGACGCACGGAAACGCCCCACACCGGACUCCCCCGACACCCUCCAAACUAAUUCAACAGGGCAAAGGCAGAAGUAGCUGGAGGGACCGAACGCAUCCGUGAUUUGUUUGUGGAAGUAGCGGCGCUCAUGGCGGCAGCUUGACUGUUCUCGGAGGGUCACUUGAGUGGAUUUUAGUGGGGAAAAACUCGCGUGUUGGAUGUCAGUCAGAAGAAUGAUGGAUGCGCUCAGAUUGUCGACCGCUCUUCUUCUACUUCUGUCUUUAUGCAGCUUUGGAAGCGCUAUACAGUUUCCCGACUCAUUUCUGACCCGGAAAUGGGCAGAAAAGAUGCAGGAAGAUCUCGUGCAGUUGAUCGAUUCUGAGAGCGGUAUAAAAGAGCUCAAAAAAAUUUUCAAUAAUUUUCAGAGACAUUAUACUGUGAGGCAAAACAAUCCUCGACAACUGGUGGAAAAAGCAUCACAUGAAAUUGAAGAAUUUCUUGCCAAUCGCUCCAAAGCUUUAGAAGCGCUGGCGACUGCUGCCGAGAACCUGCAGAAGGAGCACCAGUGGAAAGAAGAUCUUGACGUGAAUGAGACCAUCUACUACAAUGCCAAGGACAAGAGUGAUAAUCAGACAGAACCAAGAAAGAACCGGCUCAUACUGGAUUUCACAGAAGAUCCUGCUUUCAAGCGGCCCGUUUCAUACAACACCACAGCAGUGCACAUUCCCACUGAUAUCUAUGAGGGCUCCACUAUCAUCCUAAAUGAGCUGAACUGGACGGCGGCUCUGGAUGACGUCUUCAGGAAGAACAAAGAGGACGAUCCAUCGCUUCACUGGCAGGUGUUCGGCAGUGCAACAGGCCUGGCACGAUAUUUCCCAGCUUCCCCUUGGGUCGACUCUAAAAACAAGAUUGACCUGUAUGAUGUACGCCGCAGGCCCUGGUAUAUUCAGGGUGCAGCUUCGCCUAAGGACAUGCUGAUCUUGGUGGACGCGAGUGGAAGUGUGUCAGGCCUGACGCUGAAGCUCAUUCGCACCUCAGUCAGCGAGAUGCUGGAGACUCUCUCAGAUGACGAUUACGUCAACAUCGUCUCUUUUAACAAUUCAGCCAAGUCGGUGGCCUGUUUUGAAAACCUGGUGCAAGCGAACGUCCGCAAUAAGAAGACUUUGAAGGAGGCCGUUCAGAAGAUCACUGCCAACGGCACCACUGACUAUAAAAUCGGCUUCAAGGAGGCUUUCAACCAGCUGGCUUCUAUGAAUGUUUCAAGAGCAAACUGUAAUAAAAUCAUCAUGUUAUUCACUGAUGGAGGGGAGGACAAAGCGUCAGAGAUCUUUGAUGAGUACAACUCUGACAAGAGGGUUAGAAUCUUCACCUUUUCUGUGGGCCAACAUAACUAUGACAAGGCACCAAUACAAUACAUGGCUUGCCAUAACAAAGGUUAUUAUUAUGAGAUCCCAUCGAUUGGAGCCAUCAGGAUCAACACGCAGGAGUACCUGGAUGUUUUAGGCAGACCUAUGGUGAAAGCAGACAAGAAAGCUAAAAAUGUGCAAUGGACCAACGUUUAUGUGGAUGCUCUGGAACUGGGCCUGGUGGUUACAGGAACUCUUCCAGUGUUCAAUAAGACCAGGACCAGUAAAGAAAAGCCUAAGGGUAAGAACCUGGGUCCGAGUCAGAUGAUUUUGGGAGUGAUGGCCAUAGACGUGUCUCUGGACGACAUCAAGAGACUGACUCCACAUUACACUCUUGGGCCAAAUGGAUAUUACUUCGCCAUUGAUCCCAACGGCUACGUUCUACUUCAUCCCAACCUUCAACCCAAGGAUCUCAAGUCUCAGGAACCUGUGACGCUGGACUUCUUGGAUGCUGAGAUGGAGGAUGAAGUCAAAGUGGAUAUCAGAAGAAGCAUGAUAGAUGGUGAAAGAAGUCAAAUACGCUUCCACACACUUAUGAAGUCACAGGAUGAGCGUUACAUAGACAAGGGCUUCAGGACGUACACUUGGUCUCCAGUCACUGACGCAGAUUACAGCCUUGCGUUAGUUCUGCCAGAUUACAGCAUGAGCUACAUCAAGGCCACUAUAGGAGACACCAUCACUCAGGCCAAAUCUUGGAUCUUGGAAAAUCUCGCAGUUUCUGAAAGCCUGCAGGUGGACAAGUUCGAGGAGUAUGGAUAUACUUUAAUAGCACCCAGAGAUUACUGUGAAGACCUGAAGGCUCAGAAUGAAAACAUGACACAGUUCCUCAUCGACUUCAACGAGUACAUCGACGUAAAGACCCCCAAUGACCCACAGUGCAAUAUGGACUUAAUGAAUCGACUACUGUUGGAUGCUGGCAUCACGGCUGAACUGGUCAAACACUGGAACAAAAAUCAAUUGAGUGACAGAAUCAAGGCUAAGUUUGUGGCGACAGAUGGUGGUGUCACUAGAGUAUAUCCUGCAAGUGCUGGUUCAGAAUGGACCGGACAGGCCGAAACAUAUGAGUCAAGUUUCUACAAGAGAAGCUUGGACAAUGAUCUCUAUGUAUUUACACCACUGCCAUUCACAGGAAAUAAAACCGAAGAGUCAGUUUUAGUGAGCAGAGCAAUGGACUUGAGGAUCGAUGAAUUCUGGCUAAAACCAGCAGUUGUCGGUGUGAAACUGGAUGUUCAAUCCUGGAUGGAAAGCUUCAUGAAUACUACAAUUACGCCCAAAUGUGAAGGUGAAAUAUGUGGAUGCAGGAGGAACGAUGAGUAUCUGGACUGUGUUCUUCUAGACGAUGGAGGAUUCCUUGUCAUGGCCAAUCAGGACAAAUACAUUGACCAGAUUGGAGAGUUUUUCGGCAUGAUUGACCCCAGCCUAAUGAGAAAUCUGAUGAACGUGUCCCUGUUUUCAGUCAACAUAACCUACGACUACCAGGCCCUUUGCGAACCCACCAGAGAAUCUAAAGCUGCCGCUGGUCUCAGAUCAGUCUAUGUGCCCACCAUAGCUGAUAUCCUGAACAUUGGUUGGUGGGCUUCUGCAGCAGCCUGGUCGAUAAUGCAGCAGUUGUUUGUCAGCAUUACAUUUCCUAAUUUCCUUGAGGCAGUGGACAUAAGUGAUGAGUCUGAAACACCAUCUAAAGAGAGUUGCAUUAAAGAGCAGACGCAGUAUUUCUUUGACAGCAAUGACACAACUUUUAAGGGGACUGUUGAUUGCCAGAACUGCUCCAGGCAGUUUAUAGCUGAAAAGCUUAUGAAGACAAAUCUGGUGCUUAUUGUUGCUGAUACAGAGAUGUGCAGCCAGAUGUGUGAGGAAAAACCAUUUUCCCAGGAAGAAAAGCCUUCUCCUGGUCCAGAUCCCUGCUUGAUAUCGCAGAACCCACGGUAUCGGAAAGGUCCAAUGGAGUGCUUUGACAACAAUGUCAAUGAAAAUAAUGAGCCAUGUGGAGGGGCAACAAGUCUGACUCCAUCUCUCGUGUCCAUGGGCAUCCUCCAGCUGCUGCUGCUGCUCUGGCUUCUGAUUGGACGAGAACACUGCCUCUCGUGACCUCAUCACACAGAGAAGCCACCACACCCCCUGUACGAUGCCAAAACACAGACCACAUCUGAACGCUCAUUCGGACUCGGCCCUGCACAUGGAGGGAGAUCCUUUGACCCAGGAAGUACCAAACCGACACCGCGAUCACUCACAGUCUAUAAGGUCAAAGUAGGUCAGCGAUGAUAAAUGAGCAGCGAACUUUGACAUUUGACCUCUGAGUUUGGACUCUCUCCACAUGAGCGACAGGGUGGGCAGGUUUACCUAGGGCGUACGUCUACAUCCCGCCUUUGUAAUGAUAAAAUAAUGAUCUAAUUGCAACACUGCCAACCAAAGUUUUGCCCUUUACCGGUCUGAUGCCUUUUCGUUCUCCAAUAUAUUUACACGGCUAAUUUCCUCAGAAUUACAAACUGUUUAUAUGUGACUUUUACGGCCUUGUCAUUGAGAUAUUUAAUGGAGCCCUCCGGGUCACCUUAGAGUCCAGCCUUCUUUGUGGUCUGCAGCCCAUUACUGAGAAAAAAGGGGGACAAAUGAGCAAACAACCCAAUGGAAAAAGUUUUGUUUUUCCCAGUGGUGUCCACCUUCUGUGCCUCGGGAAUAUCGGUUUCAUUUCCGACUGAACAAUCCCUCCCUCCUUCUCUUCAUUCGAUACCCGUAUUCACUAUAUCAUGCUCAUUUUUAGUGCAUUAAAAUGUGCACAGCUGCCAAACGUUACCUUGUGUAUGUGUGUGGUCUUGCUGUACUUUGCACUUGAUGCCAAGCAAGGUCGUGUGGCCAAACGAGCCCUUUACUUCUUUAGGGCUGAUUCAAUCGUGUAAAGGCCUUUAAACUCGCAAAGUUGUCCUGGUUGUGAAUAUGAAGAGAAGAUCUUGUAAUUGCAUGUGUUUUUUAUUGUUUAUUUUAGGCUGCGUUUACACGACAGUUCCAACUGUUUUAUUUGUUUCGGCCAUUGGUUAACAUAGUUAACAGAGCUUUUGGUGCUUGAAAAUGAAAACAUGGGUUUCAACGUGAAUAUUUUUGACAAUUAUGUCAUUAUUGUCUCAUUGUAAACAACAGAAAAGAGAAUCUAUAUAAACAGCCAUGUCAUGCACUUUAAUAGUGAUUCACUGGUAUGGACAUUUUGGCUGAUUACUAAUAACUCUUUAUAUAUAGAAGCUGAUAACUGAGAAAAAGGAAAAUAAACAGUUAUUGAUAUGCGUUUGGAAAGAUUGGCCGAUACUAAUAACUGUUAAAUCUUCAUAUUUUAAAGCCAACAAUCAAUAAAUAGGCUGAUUAUUAAUUCUGGACAUGGAAAGUUUGUGUGAAGCCUUUUAACUUUUUAUAAAUAACCGAUUAUUAAACCGAUAAUCAUUAUAUAGAGAGAUAAAGACCAGAUUACUCUUCAUAAUUAUAAUCUUAUAAUCAAUAUAUUGGCUGAUAAUUAUUCUGAAUAAGUAAAGUUUGUGUGAAGCCUCAUAACUCAUUAUAAUUGGAAACCGAUAAUCAUCAUAUAGACCGAUAAUUAUUAUUAUCGAUAUUAAAAAUGAAAUAUUGGGUGAAACUAGAUAACUCUUCAUAAUUAUAAUCUGAUAAUCAAUUUAUAUGCUGAUUAUUAAUUCUGGAUAUGUAAAGUUUGUGUGAAGCCUCAUAACUCAUUAUGAUUGGAAACCGAUAAUCAUUAUAUACACAGAUAAGUACAAUUAUUGGUAUUAAAAUUGAAAUAUUGGGUGAGACCAGAUUACUCUUCAUAAUUAUAAUCCGAUAAUCAAAACAUAGGCUGAUAAAUACAAUUCUUGCUAUGAAUAUUGAAAUUUUGUGAGACACAAUAACUACCACUCUUCUUAUUUGAAAACCGAUUAUCUCAACUCUAUCUUACAGCAAUUCGAAACUUUUUGAUCUAGUGGCUAAUUCAUAUGAAUACGUAUGAUCUCAUUUUUACAAUUUAGUACUAUUUGCUUAUCCCCCAGUGACGGUUGGGUUUUGGAGUGGAGGUGCCACGCCUUCUUUUUAAACGACUGGACUCGUUUAAUUAGCCACUUUUAAUUAGCUGAAUUAGCCACUUAACUGACUAAACGUAAAAUAGUUACGUUUCCUACUGAGAUCAAUCUGGAUAAUCUAAAUAUACUGAAUGUCUAUAAAUACAGUUCUUGAUAAAAUGUUAUUUAAUUAUUUUUUUUUUUUUAUGAAACCAAAUAAUUCUCUAUAUUUAGAAGGUGUUAUCAAUGUAGAGGUCUAUAAAUACAAUAAUUGACAUUUUGGAUAAGAACCGAUAUUCCUUUAUAUAUGAGCCUGAUAAUCAAUUUAUGCAGAUGAAAACAAAUCUUGAUUACAAAUUAGCCAAUAAUUCAUUUUGUUUUUGGUCAGAUAAUGAUAACAUUACAAAUAAGAAUAUAUUGGCAGAUUUUGGUAUCUGAUGGUAGAUGUUAGUGGCUGUUGUAAUGAGCAUCACUAUUAUGUGUUCUAAUCAAUUUAUCUAUAGAUAUAUAUAGGAGUACCAGCAAAGCAACACUAAUUUUAUGAAGGACUAUUUGUACAAAGACACACAAUGUUUAUUUAUUAAGUAACAUCGACACAGUGACACUUGUCUAGCAUACUUAAUAUAGAAUGUUCGGUCACCUUGACAGAUCUCUAUGACUUAUUUUUUAUAAAUGUGCAUAAUUUUGAGUGCAUCAUUGUCUUGUAAACGCACCCUAAUUUUGUUUAAGUUAUUUUUAAUAAGCAAAGAAUUUUCUGCUGUAUGUUAAAUGUUUUCUGUGAUCUAUUUAAUGUAUGCGUGUGGAUAUUCAGAAACUAAAGAGUGAAAGCCAAGCAUUUAUGACAUAGUUGAUCUUUCCCACAUUUUAAUAUCAUCUGGAGAGCUUGAAAGGGUGGAAAGAAAAUCACCUAAUGUUUACAGAUAUUUCGAGACACUCGAGAGUUUUUGUAAGAAAUGUUGCCCCUGCUUGAGUUGUCUUUCAGGAGUCUCCGACGUGUCGUUUUUCACUUAUAUGUCAGAGGCUAAAAUUCUGUCAGCCUUUCUUUCCUGUCAACGUGCCUUGUUAUAAGUGGUUACUUAUAAAGUUGAAGUGAAGGAAUAUCACAAUGUGCAAUCUGACCCUGGUCGCUCUGUGGAGAAACGUUAAAUAUCAUCAUUCGGAUCUGACUAACGAAACUUCCCGUCCCUUUAAGAGAUCCUGACUGCUUCUUUGUUCCUCAAUGAAAUCUGGGCCACAAUCCAAGCUUUACGGAAUAAUUAAGAUUUUGAGAAGAGACAGGAAUAAUUAUGGAAGCCCCGACCACAGACAAAAUCAACAUGUUUUUUUAAUAGUUUCUACGUUUUUUUGUUAGUUUAUUAUGACAAUAAUAAAAUCUAUUAUUGUUAUUAUUAUUAUUAUUAUUAUUACUAUUAUUAUUACAGUCGAUAAUAUUAUGGUUUAGAUUUUUUGUAAAUGAUAAUAAAAAAAUUAAAUUAAAAUAAAUAAUAAUAAUAAUAAUAACGUGACUGAUUAUAAAUACUUGUUUUUUUUUGUAAAAAACCAAAGUAUUUAUUUGUAUUUAUUUGAGUUUGAAUUUGAUGAGUUUCUAACUGUAUUUUUAAUUUAAAUUUUUUUUUUAUUUAAUUUUUUUUUUUAUGAGGAAGGAGGAUUCUUGGCCAACACUCAAUAUAUUCAAUGUGCAAUUAAUUAUAAAGUGUAUUUGAAGUACUCAGUUAAUAGCAAAUUUCUGCAAAUUAUUACUGUCCACCGAACCUCAUUUGUGUUGUGUUUAGCUAAGUGUGUAUAUAUGUACAACUUUUUUUUUGUCUCUGUCAACACUGAUUACCAUUGUCGUGUUCUUUCUCAUUUUAGAAACUUAGACAAACAGGAAAUUAAAAGACAUGAAGCUCUACAUUCUUGAGAUGAAAGGCGAACGACUUCACGCAUCAUUUCAUCUGUACACAGGAAACAGUUUUGUUAAUGCACCUGAAAACCGCAUAAUUGGACUGCAUGGAUUUGGCUUGCAUUGAAAAGCCAUUCUUUCCUUGAUUCAUCACCUUAUUAGAGCAUUCUAGAAGUGACGUGCUUUAAAUCAACAUAUCCCUCCUCCAAAUAAAUACCACAAAUAUUCUAGUUAAUUGACUGUCGAAAUGAGAAAUUAUUCAAAACAUCUUCAGUUGCAGACCAUUAACUUAAUAAAUUACUUGUUAAUUAGUCAAAUACUGUAUGACUGAACAAAGUAAAAUAUGCUGAAAUACGUCUACACGUAUUUACUUUUAGUGCCAUAGAACUAUUUUUCUGUCAAAAAGUAGAGUAGGUAUGAUGUGUUAUGCCUUACUUUAAAGGUUGUCAAAUUUUAAAAAGCAACAAAUUAUCACCUAAAGUGCACAUUAGUGUCUAAAAAUAAAAAAACUGUACCUUUUUACAUUGCAGGGAAACUCUCCUGGUCAGAGCAAAGCCGUUUAUAUAAGUAUGUAUGUUUAUCGGUCAUCUGUCAGAAUGUUUAAUCAGCAGCUCUGUCUUCCUAUUGUGGAUUUCUUUAGCUGUGGUGUAUCAUUUUGCCAUUUUUCAAUUGGAAUCAGUGCGAUUGUGAGCUCUGCAUUUGGUUGAAAGUUUUACCCAAGGAAAUGUAUAAAAAUUUGUUGGAUUAAAGAAUAGAAUG